UUUAUGUCGGGUUCUUUGAGAAUCGUCUUCUCGUCUUGCUAUUUCCUUCUCGACUUCACGAUUAGCUUUCCAAUUUUCUCGAGAAUCUUCUCCAACGUCGCGAUUUUCUUCCUCGCAAUUUUUCUUCCCAGUUCAUAACUUCUGAUGUAUAUCUCAUUCGCGAUUUGCUCCCAGCUCGUGAUUCUCGCGUAUUCAAUUCACAAAUUUCUCACUUGCGAUUUCAUUCAUCGAUUUCUUCUCGACUCGCGAUUGCGAUUUCAUCCUCAAAUUGCUUCUUAAUUCGCGGUGUAUGGGUCACGAUUUCAUUCACGAAUUUCUUCCCAAUUCGCGAUUCUCAUGUUUUCAGUCGUGAUUUUCUUCCAGCUCGCCCAUCUCGCUAUUUCCCUCUAAUCCUCGUCGCGUUGGUCGAGAUUUGUUGCUGUUCGCGAUUCUCCCCCAAUCUGGGAUGGGUUAGUCGCGAUUUGCUACUGCAUCAUUUUCCCCAAAUCGCCAUGUUCUGCUCGCGAUUCUCUUCUCGUCUUCGCGAUUCUUCCCGGUUAUUACGAAUCUCAUCCCCUUUCGUGAUUUAUUUCACACGCGUUCUAUCAAAUCUAUGAUGCACUUACGCACUCAAAUCUUAUACAAAUUAGGCCUGUUAGUCGAUCCAGCGUGCGAGCUGUUCUUUCUCUGUUUCGUGAGUGAUGUGCUCGUCAUUUUCCCAAGUCGAGAUUUACUGCUCGACCAGCUACUGCUCGUCAUUUCCGCAAAGUCGAGAUAUACUGCUCGUGGUCCGCGAGUCGCGAUUUGUACUGCUCGCGGAUCUGCUUUUCGAGAUACGUUAGUCGAGGCUCCUAUUUUGCGAGAUAGAAAGUCGAUAUUCAGCGUAUUUCGAGAUUCCAGGUUGUCCCUCAGUUGUCCCUUAGUUUGCUGCGUAUGGCACUGCUUCAUUGAGGUGUUUCCUGGCUGCUCGCACUAUUGUUUUCAUAUCUGCUUGCGAUAUGUUACUCGUGGUCGAUUGCUACUCUGUGUGUUGCUCGCGGCUCAAAUUACCGUAGCCUGCUCAAGGCAUUUGUAGCAGCUUGCAGCUCAGAUUUUACCCGAGCCUGCUCAAGACUAUCAUAGCCUGCUCAAGGCUUUUGUAACAGUUUGUAGUUCAAAUUUUAUCAUAGCCGACUGAGGCUUUUGUAACGGCUCGCAGUUAUAGCUCGCACCUUAUCUCAUUCUCUGUAUUUCUAAUUCGUGGCCGAGUCCCAAUUUUUAAUCCAAAGGUAUCUCGCAAUUAAAUCCAAGUAAUCCAAGCUUAAAGGUAUCUCACAAUUAAUUCAUAAGAAUGAUGUAUACCAGCCCAUUCUCAAUUUCACAUCCAGAAUGUAAUUCGCGAUUAAUUCAGAAGUGACACAUCCAGAAUGUACUUCGCAAUUAAUUCAGAAGUGAUAUUGAACGUCAUCAUUGUCAUGCUAUUCAACAACUUUCAAUUCGCAAUUUAGCAUAGGAACUCGGUUUUAGUAGCUUUUCAACGUAAUUUUCUCCCAUAGGCGUAAGUUCCAUAGUUCGCAGCUCAUAAUUUGAUUAUUUUUGAAGUUAUGUAAGGUCUCGGU